GUUCAGCUCACAAAAAUGGCUCAGCUGGCUGGAGAAGAUGAAAUCGAAUCACUGGGAAUAGAGUUAGCUGAAAUUGGAAGAAGCCUAAGGAAUUCAUUUCAACACCACACUUCGAGUUUCCGAAGCUAUUCGAAGAGGAAUUCCAUGAGCGAUACUGAUGGUGAUGAUUCUUCUAAAGCUGAAGAUGAUGAGUUUAAUUUACAGUGGGCUGCAAUUGAGAGACUACCAAGUUAUCAGAGAUUGAAAUUGUCUCUGUUUGAUGAUGGUUCUAACGAUGACCAAAGUGAAAGUAAAGAUGUUAAAGGGAAACGGGUCGUUGAUGUUACCAAACUGAGAGCUCUAGAACGACAUGCGUUCAUAGAGAAACUCAUCAAACACAUUGAGAAUGAUAACCUCCGAUUGUGGCGGAAACUUAGAGAAAGAAUUGAUAAAGUUGGAGUAAAAUUGCCCACAGUGGAGGUGAGAUAUAAAAAUUUGUCUGUUGAAGCAGAGUGUGAGGUAGUUCAUGGGAAGCCUCUCCCCACCUUAUGGCAUACACUAAGAAGCAAGCUUUUUACCUUUGCCAAGCUACCAGGUUCCAAAUCUCGGGUAGUGAAGAUUAGCAUCCUCAAAGAUGUCAGUGGCAUCAUCAAACCCGGAAGGAUGACACUAUUGCUUGGUCCUCCAGGCAGUGGGAAAACCACCUUGUUAUUGGCCCUUUCAGGAAAGCUAGAUCAGUCUCUCAAGGUCACAGGGGAAAUCUCUUACAAUGGUUACAAACUGGAAGAGUUCAUUCCUCAGAAAACAUCAGCAUACAUAAGCCAACAUGACCUACACAUUCCUGAGAUGACUGUGAGGGAAACCGUUGAUUUCUCCGCAUGUUUUCAGGGUGUAGGAAGCCGAGCAGAUAUUAUGAUGGAGGUUAGCAGAAGGGAGAAGCAAGAAGGAAUUCUCCCAGAUCCAUAUGUAGAUACUUACAUGAAGGCAAUUUCUGUUGAAGGGACAGAAAAAAGCCUCCAAACAGACUACAUAUUAAAGAUUCUUGGACUUGAUAUUUGUGCUGAUUCAAUGGUUGGAGAUGCAAUGAGAAGAGGUAUCUCAGGUGGUCAAAAGAAGAGAUUAACAACAGGGGAGAUGAUUGUGGGUCCAACAAAAGCUCUAUUUAUGGAUGAAAUAUCAACUGGCUUAGACAGUUCUACUACCUUUCAGAUUGCUUCUUGUCUUCAACACUUGGUGCAUCUCACAGAUGCUACAGCAUUUGUUUCACUUCUUCAGCCAGCACCAGAGACCUAUGAUCUCUUUGAUGACAUUGUCUUGAUGGCUGAAGGGAAAAUUGUCUACCAUGGUCCUCGUGAUGGUGUCAUUGAAUUCUUUGAGGAAUGUGGAUUUAGGUGCCCUGAAAGAAAAGGAGCUGCUGAUUUCCUCCAAGAGGUCAUCUCUAAGAAUGAUCAAGCACAAUACUGGUACUCCACAGAAAAACUGUAUAGCUAUGUUUCCGUGGAUGAAUUUUCUAGGAAAUUCAAGGCAUCUAAUAUUGGUCAUAAGCUAUAUGGAGAGCUUUCAGAGCCAUAUGAUAAGUCUCAAAGCCAUAAAAAUGCUAUAUCCUUCAAUAUGUACUCUCUAAGUAAAUGGGAGCUCUUUAAAGCUUGCAUGAGCAGGGAAUUUCUGCUCAUGAGGCGAAAUUAUUUCGUAUAUGUUUUCAAGUCUGUUCAGCUUACCAUCAUUGCAUCCAUCACAAUGACUCUUUUUCUACGGACUCGAAUGAGCGUUGAUCUGCAGCAUGCAAACUAUUAUAUGAGUUCUCUAUUUUUUGGGCUUAUGGUAGUGAUGGCUGACGGAUACCCUGAGUUGUCUAUGACAGUUUCAAGACUCUCUGUUUUCUACAAACAGAGAGAGUCUUGCUUUUACCCAGCUUGGGCUUAUGCAAUUCCAGCAGCUAUUCUGAAAAUUCCACUUUCGGUGAUUGCGUCUUUGAUUUGGUCUGCUCUUACUUACUAUGUCAUUGGGUACAGUCCUGAGUUCACUAGGUUCCUACGCCAGUUCAUUCUACUUUUUGCUGUGCAUCUAAUGUCGAUAUCCAUGUUCCGGUUUGUUGCCUCACUGUCUAAAACUCACGUUGCAGCUAUGGCUUCUGGUGUAAUGACUUGGCUGGUCCUCCUUUUAUUUAGUGGCUUCAUUAUCCCACAACCAUAUAUGCCAGUUUGGCUGAAGUGGGGAUUUUGGGUUUCUCCAUUGACAUAUGGGGAAAUAGGCAUGACAGUAAAUGAAUUUCUUGCUCCUCGUUGGCAAAAGAUGUCUACAAACAGUACCCUAAGUCAACAAAUACUUGAAAGUCGUGGCCUCAACUUUGAAAGCUACUUUUAUUGGAUAUCAUUUGGCGUCUUAUUUGGCUUUGCAAUACUUUUUAAUAUUGGAUUUACGUUGACCUUAACUUUUUCAAAGCCUCCUGAGAAGUCCCGUGCUAUUAUUUCAUAUGAAAAGCUCUCCCAAAUACAAGGAAAAGAUGAUUCAGUCAAUGUUUAUGCAGAGGAUAAGCCCAAUAAUGCUUAUCCUAAAAGAAUUGCAGAAACUAGAAAAGGAAAGAUGGUCCUACCUUUUGAGCCCUUAACAGUUGUAUUUCAAGAUCUUCAAUACUACAUUGACACUCCUUUGGAAAUGAGAGAGCGAGGUUUCACACAAAAAAGGCUACAACUUCUUCAUGAUAUUACUGGUUCAUUUAAGCCCGGCGUCCUUACAGCAUUGAUGGGUGUCAGUGGAGCUGGUAAAACAACUCUUAUGGAUGUUCUUUCUGGAAGAAAAACUGGUGGGUAUAUUGAAGGAACAAUAAUGAUUGGUGGGUAUCCCAAGGUUCAAGAGACAUUUGCCAGGAUAUCAGGUUAUUGUGAGCAGAAUGAUAUACAUUCUCCUCAAAUCACUGUACAAGAAUCGGUUAUAUAUUCUGCUUGGUUGCGGCUUUCACCUCAAAUUGAUGCAAAUGCAAAAGCUGAAUUUGUAAAUGAAGUUCUUGAGACUAUUGAGCUUGAUGGAAUUAAAGAUUCUUUGGUAGGCAUUCCUGGUGUUAAUGGUUUGUCUACUGAGCAGCGCAAACGUCUCACAAUAGCUGUGGAGCUUGUUGCCAACCCAUCUAUUAUCUUCCUGGAUGAACCUACAUCAGGUUUGGAUGCUAGAGCAGCUGCCAUAGUUAUACGGGCAGUAAAAAAUGUGGUUGACACUGGACGGACAAUUGUUUGCACCAUCCACCAACCAAGUAUUGACAUAUUUGAAACAUUUGAUGAGUUGAUUCUAAUGAAAACUGGAGGACGGAUAAUCUAUGCUGGACCAUUGGGCCAACGGUCAAGUAAGGUUAUUGAAUAUUUUGAGAGUAUUUCUGGGGUACCAAAGAUUAAGGAUAACUACAACCCAGCAACAUGGAUGUUAGAGGUCACAUCUACGUCUGCAGAGACAGAAGUUGGUGUAGAUUUUGCGCAACUUUAUAAGGAGUCUUCUUUAUACGAGGACAACAAUGAGCUUGUAAAGAAAUUGAGUACUCCACCUCCUGCUUCAAAGGAUUUGCAUUUUCCAACCCGUUAUCCACAAAAUGGUUGGGGACAAUUCAAAGUGUGCUUGUGGAAACAAAACUUGUCCUACUGGAGAAGUCCUAAUUAUAAUUUAAGGCGAUUCGCAUUUACGUUUAUUGCGUCUCUACUAUUUGGAGCAUUGUUUUGGAAGCAGGGACAGAAGAUAAAUACUGAGCAGGACUUAUUCAAUAUACUUGGUGGGAUGUAUGUUGCUGUGCUCCAGAUAGGCAUAAACAAUUCCACAGCAGUUUUACCAUUUGUAUCAAUGGAACGUACUGUUCUAUACAGGGAAAGAGCCGCUGGAAUGUAUUCUUCAUGGGCCUAUUCCUUUGCACAGGUGGUAAUUGAGCUUCCCUAUAUCUUCUCUCAAGUUUGUAUGUAUGUGAUCAUCACAUAUCCCAUGAUUGGGUACUACCCAUCAGCUUAUAAGAUAUUGUGGUACACCUAUGCCAUGUUUUGUGUGCUGCUCAGCUUCAAUUACAUUGGGAUGCUUCUUGUAGCUGUGACACCAAGCAUCCAUAUUGCUACCAUAUUGUCUCCUGCCUUUAACAUAUCGAUGAACCUUCUUGCUGGGUUCUUGAUACCCAGACCGCAAAUUCCGACUUGGUGGCUUUGGUUGUAUUAUUUGGUCCCAACAUCCUGGACACUGAAUGGUCUCCUCACUUCACAAUAUGGAGACAUAGAAACAGAGAUAAUGGCGCUUGGUGAAACCCAAACAGUAUCUACCUUCAUUAGCAAUUACUUUGGAUUUAGCUAUAACCGUUUGAACACAGUGGCUGUUGUUCUUAUUUUCUACCCUGUUGCCUUUGCAUUUGUUUUUUCAUACUGUAUAGGAAAACUGAAUUUCCAGAAGAGGUGACUGUUUUAGAGCACUUAAAAGGAUCGCAAUCAAGUAGCUGAAGCCAUUGCAAUUGAAGCAUAGGAAAACUAUUUAUGAUUGGUUUACUAUGAAGAAAGCAUUUUUCUUGGCA